ACUGUGAAGUUCCACGUUUGCAGAGGCAGCUGAAGUGACAGUCGCCUGAGCAGUCGCCGUGUCACACCUGAGGGAAGCCGUCGCCCCCGUCCGACAGCUUCUGUGAUGGAGGUGCCCUCGCCAAGCCAGGAAGCUGGCACAGAAGAGAACGAGCAAGAGAAUGAGCCGCUGCUUAAGGCUCGGGGCUCGGACACUCUGGAUACCGCCGCGGAAGGAGCCGGGCGCCUCAUACCCUCAGCAGCGCCCGCCAGUGUCAAGGGGAGGCCCAAUAAGAGGGUGACCCGCGGCCCCUUUGUGAAGCUGGCGGACUGCGCCCAUUACCACUACGAGAAUGUUAAUUAUGGCCCCAUCCAGCUCUCCCUAUCGGACUCUCGGCCGGAGGACUCCAGCGUCAGCGAACCAGAGGUUUACAUUGUACAGGUCACAUGCCAAAGUCGUUGCUGGUCAGUGCUGCGCAGCUACGAAGACUUCCAGGACUUGGACUCCAAUCUCCACCGCUGCAUCUUCGACCGGCGCUUCUCCCAGCUGCUGGAACUGCCCCCUCGCCGAGAACUACCCUCCCACGGGCAGCUCCUGGCCCCGCUACUCUCGCGCUAUCUGAAGGCUCUCUCUGGAAUUGUGGACAGCAACAUUAACUGUGGCCCCAUAUUGAACUGGAUGGAGAUUGACAAUCACGGUAACCGCCUUCUGGUGAACGAAGAGGCGUCCAUCAACGUCCCGGCCAUUGCCGCGGCUCACGUUAUUAAGCGCUACACUGCCCAGGCUCCGGACGAGCUGUCCUUUGAGGUCGGGGACAUUGUGUCAGUGAUCGACAUGCCGCCGCGGGAGGACACCAGUUGGUGGAGGGGAAAACAUGGCUUUCAGGUGGGCUUCUUCCCCAGUGAGUGCGUCCAGCUAAUCACGGAUAACAAGAACCCGUCGCCGGCCGCAGAGGGUGAUGUAAAGUUGGCCAUCUCAUCGCCGCAUGGCUCCAACUCCCCCAGACCAGUCUGCCGGCGGCACGGGAAACUGGCCGGACUGCUGCGAAGCUUCAUGGCUUCCAGACCCAGCAAGCAACGCCUGCGCCAGAGGGGGAUCCUACGGGAGAGGGUCUUCGGGACCGACCUGGGCGAACACCUGCUGGACUCCGGAGAGGAUGUCCCUAAAGUCCUCGUCUCCUGCACGCAGUUCAUAGAGAAGUAUGGGGUAGUGGACGGCAUAUACCGAUUGUCCGGAGUCUCCUCCAACAUACAGAAACUGCGACACGAGUUUGACAGCGAGCGGAUCCCGGAUCUCUCCCGAGACACAUAUCUGCAGGACGUACAUUGCGUCAGCUCCCUCUGCAAACUUUACUUCCGGGAGCUGCCCAACCCCCUGCUCACCUACCGCCUGUAUCACCCCUUUACUGAAGCCAUGUCGGCCACCGGAGAGGAGGAAAAGCUGAUUCGUGUUCACGAUUUAAUCCAGCAGCUCCCGCCUCCACAUUACAGAACGCUGGAGUUUCUGCUGAAGCAUCUUUUCCAACUUAGCAUGCACAGUGACCGCACGGGGAUGCACGCCCGGAACCUGGCUAUCAUCUGGGCCCCGAAUCUGUUACGAUCUCGGGAUAUGGAGACGGCGGGCACACCCGGAGCCGAUGCGUUUCGCGAGGUGCGAGUGCAGUCUGUCCUGGUGGAGUUCCUCCUGCUCAAUGUGGAGACUCUCUUCAGCGACACCUUCACAUCCAUAGGUCGCUGCGGCCCCAUCCGGCCCCGGUCUCUGCUGGGAGGCUGCCCCACCGGACGUCUCGUCAGCCUGCAGGAGGCUCAGGCACGAAGCCAGAGCCAAAGGGAGGCAGCGGAGAAGCUGGGAGCCGAGAAAAUGUCCCCCACCAAGCAGGAGAGGGCGCUGGAGAGCAACGAUGAAAGGAAAGGUCCGCGCAGCAGGAAGAAGUCAGGCGGUGGAAGCAGCUGGAGAACCUUCUUCGCCAUCGGCAAGAACUCCUCGCAACAGAAAAAGUCCCGCCUCCGGGAUAAUGCAGUGCACCAAAGAGUGUCUGAAACGGUCACGCUGCGGUCAGCGAAAAGCGAGGAGUCGCUCUGCUCUCACACGAGUGGGACCGGUGCAUUUCAUCGGACUUCGCGCCUACGCCGACCACGCUCCACAAGUGACGGGCUCUCCUCCAGACUUCCUCAUUGUCGUUCAGUAGAGAGCUUGGCCCAGUCGACCCCCUCUCCUCCUCCUCCAUGUGUGCCCUCGCCUCCUCCCGGCUCUGCCCGUCCCCAGUCCGCAUGGAUUGAGGAGGACUUGGACCUCUCCCCACCUCUUCCCGACACCGAUGGUCUCGGCUUUGACCCCCUCUCCUUCCGCCUCUCGUUCUCCGACCACGAGGAAGCUAAAUCUCCAACGACCGUCAAGUCAGAGAUUGCCAGUCAGGCCCAAUCUCAGUCCCUCCAGAGCCGGGUGAGUCUAUCUCCCCCCGGCGGGUGCUCUCCAUCCCCUUCUCACAGUCCCCCGGAGCGCCUGGUGACCGCUGUUGACAGCCAAGGUCCCCGUAGCCUGUCCCCUCCACCACAGAUGUUAUCUUUGCUCCUCCAGUCCUGCCACCUCCGCCUCAAUGAGAACUGCAUUCGAGAAGUGAAAGGGAAACUUAUGGGCCAAGAAGACCCUUCUGCAGGCGUGAUUCUCUCACCUCAGAAGAAUGCAUAUCCUGCAUCUUUGCCCACAGGCCGGCAACUCCCACCUCCUCCACCCCCGAAAGACCCUGCACGCUUAAUGGCCCUCAAACUAGCGGAGAGCGCCCAGCGUGCCCUUCAAUCUUCCAUGUCCACUGGAACAGUCCCAGCAAAGGCCUCAAUCCUGCGAUCUGCGCCCCCGCAUCCUUCCACAUCCGUUUUCCGACGUUCUUUAUCCAUGGAGUGCAGUCAAAGCACAGCUCCGAAGGAAGGGCCCCUGUAUUCUGAACUGCGCCCUCCUGUGGUCAGCCCUGGUGAAAGAGCCAACAUCCAGUACAGACCGCUCAGAACCCACAUACAUGGAAGCUUGGUUCCUGGCUCCUCUCCGGCAGACCUCCGAAAGAUGGCACCAGCAGCUGCCCCUCCUUCCCGCCCUCCUCGUCUUCACACUCGCUCCGGCAGCUUGCCGGCACCACCAAAUGUCUUUAUCCCACGCCCUCGUCCGCCACCCUAUCGGUUCCCAGAGGAAGGAUCCAGGCUGCCGCCUCACCGCUCUGCUCCACCUUGGCCAGAGCCAGAAGGCCUCUACUACGAGAUACUGGGAGAUCCUCCUCAUAUGGCACCACUUAAUGCCUCUUAUGGGUUAAUUCAAGCUCCUUGGCCUUGCGUGGGUUCCCCUCCCUCCCACCCUCAUUCCAUACCUCCUCCGGGUCUGGGAGGCUGGUAUGGACGAGCUUUCCCACCCGACCCAGAAUUUCUGGGUUAUCAGUGUUGGGACAGAAACCCUCCUCCACAUUUACGCCCCUAUAUUGUGGGACAAGGGGCUCCUUAUCAGUAUGUGGGCACCACAGAGAAUAGGAACCAAGGGCCAUUCACAGACUUGACUGGCCGCUCCCACCUACAAGGAAAAAGGGAAGAGCCCAUAUAUGUCAACCUCCCUCCCAAGAUGGACCUCGGGGGGCAUUUCCAGGGCGCUAGGGACCCUACAGAGCCGAAACCUGAACUUCCUCACAAACAGCGCCCUGGUCAGCCACCUGGCCUUGGAAGACAUGAAAGUUUUGGAGGGACUCAGCCCAUGAAGCAAAAUCAGAACCCCCAGCCACUACGCAGAGAGGGGUCCCUCAGUUAUUUUCGCCCCCCUCCCCUUCCUCACUCGACCAUGUGGGGCACACAGACUAAGUACUCUGAUAACCGAGAGACCCCUAUCAUUACCUAUGAGGCUCCUGGCGUAGCGGGGCAGAGGGUGGGCUUCUUGCCCCCACACUGCAUGUUGUCAGAGGGAGGCACUCUAUACGGGAACCUGGAACAAAGGGGGCCCCCACACAGAUCCUCCACGCCGGCCGGGUUUUUGGGCUCCCCCUGGACUGUGCACACAGAAGGACAGACUCGAAGUUACUGUUGAAGUGUAAAAUUCCUCGCGGU